GUAACAAUGUUUUGUGGCAUAGCGUAUAAGGCAGUUUAUGUCGGUUUAGCUACAAAAGAAGUGAACUCUUACAAGAAAGCUGGUGGCAUAGCAGAACAAGCCAUAAGCUCAAUCAGAACUGUUUUUUCUUUUGUAGCAGAACAGAAAGUAGCUGAUAGAUACGACACAUUAUUGCAAGAGUCCAUUCCUGUGGGAAAGAAACUUGGUUUUGCAAAGGGUAUUGGAAUUGGCGUAAUAUAUUUGGUUACUUAUUCUACAUGGGCGUUGGCUUUCUGGUAUGGAUCCAUAUUGAUUUCAAAACAUGAGAUAUCUGGUGGUAAAGCCAUAGCUUGCUUCUUUGGAGUCAAUGUUGGUGGCAGACAAAUGUUGCAGAACCGGUGAAGACGGCAAAAAAGAUCCCGAGCCAGAAAUUCACAAAGCUUUCUGGAAACAAUAUUUUCAAAGGUGACGAGGUGCCAGCAUCGGCAAACCACUGAGCUCAGCAAAGCUUUGAGAAAUGAGUGGAAGUAACAUCUUUGCUGACGGAAAAGCGGAAUUUAGAGACUAUCUAGGGGCUCGCAAGCCGCCAGGUGGAGAUAGUAGCAUUGCUUUGGUUUAGGUUCUCACACAUUUGUUUUCAGUAUCAUUGUUUAUUUUUCAUGUCUUUGGUAGUUGGUACUUGGUGGUGCUAUUCAUAUGGAUUUGACUGUGCAUUUGUGGCUCUUUAUCAUCUAUUUUUC